CUCUCGGCUGACAAAUUAGCCUUCUCGUUUUUUACUCACUGCAUUUGUUUGAUAAUGAUCAUGAAACUGGUAAUUGCACUGAUCACCGCAUCGUUUGCUGCGGGAGAGCCUCAGGCCAUUUGUCCAAAUCAGACAAUUGAGGCAGUGGAAGGUGAGAAUGUCGAUCUUCAAUGUUAUCUGGAUCCCUGGGCCAACGUGGAGAAUUAUGCAGUGGACUGGAAAAGACUUGACCUCAACAAGGUGGUCUACUCUUAUCGACAUAGGCAGGAAAAUCAUCAAGCACAGAUGGAUCAGUACAGAGGCAGGGCAAGUCUCAACCAUGAAGACCUGAGCAGAGGGAUCAUGACACUGCAUAUCUCCUCAGUACAGCUGUCUGACAGUGGACCAUACAGAUGCUUUGUCUCAAAACUGAUGACCCGUUGUAACACUACCCUCAUUGUGAAGACAAAGAGAGAUGGUUCCACCACUGCUGGACCUCCGGUGGAUGAUGUGACGGUGCCAAAUGAUCAUGAUGCUGCAAAGAUGAAGACUGUCUGGGUCGCCAGUGUCUGUGGUGUUGCUGCCUUUGCUGCUGCUGCUGCUGCUGCUGCUGUCCUGGUGAAACUCUGCGUUUGUAAGAAGACGGCCAAAGGACUAAAGGGGCAAGAAGAAGAGAUGAUGCCAGACAACUAUGAAAUGGAAAACUUGAGGACCUGAACAACAGAGGUGGAAAGUAUUGGGAAAGAGUGUUUUCUUAAAAAGCGUAACCUUAGCCCUCAAAUCUUCCAUCUGAUCCUCUCAGCUCUUCUCUAAGUUACCGGUUAUCUUCAGUUGCACUUUUAAUAUCUUAAUUUAAUCAUAAUAAUGAUACCCUUGUUCUGGGUAAAAACAAGAAUAUUUUAAACUUAUUUUCGAACUGGGCAUAUGAUGUUUUUAUUUAAAUGGUUUUGAAAAGACUGACCAAGUUUAAAAUCCGUUCACACGGCACUCAGGACACCUGCCCCAACAACACAAACACCACCUGAGACUGAAAGGACGAAUUAAAAAUGAAGGAGAACGUGUGGAGGGAAUAUUUUCAAGUCAGUCAUAUGUAGCAGUCUUUUGCUUCUGUCCCUGUAUUACUAACUUAUUUCACUGUUCUUGUAGAAAAUGCGAACAGCAUUAUCAGUACAUGUUCCUGAAUAGUCACUGGAAGCUAACAAGCCAAUCAAAAGUGAGAGGUAAUGCAAAGAUGCCUGCUUUACUACACAGUUAUUCACAAGGUAGUCACACUUAAAAGUUAACCCUCUUUAUCAUCUAUUUUACUCUAAAUAGGUCCAUAAUUUACAAAAUGAAGAUCAUGUUGUAUUGAAGACUUGAAACUAGUGAUUGAGACCAUAAAGUCAUUAGGAGACUAUUAACUGAGAUAAUAAAUCAAGUGAGAAGUGAAGGCACCUCUGCAUUGGUUUCACUUUUCAGUCCUGCGUGCUCUGUCCGCUCAUUGUACUGUCUGUUUCUAACUAAUCCAAUUAAAUUUUUAGAAAGAGCUGCCCACUAGGGGGCUCUCUCUCAUCUCUUUUGCGGAUGCCCCUUUCAUGCUAAAUCAUGAUACUGUCACCUGUUACCUGUGAACCUGUUUACCUGUGGAACACACAGGUGUUUUUGGAGCAUUGCAUAACCUUCCCAUUCUUUUGUUGCCACUGUCCCAACAUUUUUGAAAUGGGAGUUGUGUUGUGUGAAUACAUUUAUAUGUAUGUGUGUGUGUGGAAAUAAGAUAAUUUAUGGACAGGUUGUUGUGCCACAUUGUUAUUUGUCUGUGUUUAUAAUCUUUUGAACUGUCUCUGUUCUAUGAAUCACUUUAUCUAAAGCUUUAAAACAAAUAUAUAC